AUGGACCAGAGCACAGUUGAAGUGGAUAUUGAAUAUCAAGCUCAUGACAUUCAUUCUAACGAUGACAAUGGAAAGUAUACUUACACAUACUAUGAAGGUGGAGCUGCUAUAACUGUAACCGAAUACAUUGAACCAAAAGACUUUCCAGGUUAUAAGGUCUGUAUACAUAAACCACCCAAUGGAUAUACAAUUUCUAAAAUUAAGGGAGCUCCGGGAAACGGGCUUCCUAACCAAGUUUAUUGUUCAACCGUUUCAGUAAUUUAUUGGUUAGGAGAUUCAAACCAUGAUAAGCCCCUUGCUGUUCAGUUAGGUCACAAUGGUGAAUAUUAUACAACUACUAAAGAAGAUAGGAAAUGGAGCAAAUCUGGUUAUAAAACCCCUGAUCAUAUCCUAAAAGAGCUUGACAAUUGGGUAUGCAAAAAUAGAGAGGCUCACAUAAUUAACUUCUCAGAGAAAGGUAGUCAGCUGGGCCAAAAUUAUUCUUGCUCUGGCUGUUCUGGUAAACAAAUUAAAGUGACUGAAACUACAUAUCAGGGUUGUACUUUAUAUAUCCAUGAGGUUAUAAAAGGUUCUGUGUCAAGAUUCAAGGAUAGUAAAACUAACUAUUCAGGACUUUCAAACAUUAAAGAAGUUAAAUCAGUUAACGCAUACUGCAAAAACGAUUCUGAUAUAUUCCUCAUUUAUUUCAAGCCAGAAAAUGGGCAUUCUGGAGUAUCGUUUGAGAACAGGUGGUACAGUAGAUGUUCAGGAGACACUCACUGGGAAGAGGAAAAUGCUUUAAAGGGUGAACAACCUGGUAAUAAUAUAGCCAAAAUUAAGGGUAUACUUGAUGAUUCUUUGACACCAAGAGUGGUUAUAGAUCUCUCAAUUAUUAAAGAAACGUAUUCACCUAGAAAUAACACUCUGCAAUUUGAAGUUAUUAAUACGGAAGUCAGAGGUUCUAGUUUCUUCAAGUGCACACAUAAAUGGUCAGGAGGUAGGCCAUUCAGGCUUAAAGACGUUGAAUGUGGUGGAAAACUACUUGGUAUAAAAUCAGAUGGUUUGCUUUCUUGUGUCUGCGCUUAUUAUCACUCUGGUCACCCAACAGUUCCUCUUCUUAUUGAACUGGAGUUUGAUACUCCAAAGAAAUAUGAGCAUUACAAGAAGAGUUUAAUAAGACAAGGUCAGUGGGUAAAAUUUUUUGGACACCACACUACUAAUAUUACCGAGGGAGAUCUUGUAAAAUCACUCAAAGCUCUCAAGAGAAUAGGGUUUCCUGGACCACCCAGUAAAACAGAUAUAAUUGAGACAUCUCUAAUAGUGACUGAUGUAUUAGCAGGUGGAGGCUCUUUAGGAUACGGAGGAUAUAAGCUAUGGCUUACCCUAGCGGCCCGUCUGUAA